UGCUGCUACAUAUUGCUGGGAGGUCCCCGAAGGACCAUUACCAAGACCAAAUUAUCUCAAUCUGUAGGAGCUGCUUUGUAUCAAGCAAAGCAAAAUUAGAUCAUUGCUCACUGUGCUAACGGAUUACCUUACUGGAUCCCAGGAACUCACCUCUUUAUUUGCCAGGUGUUCAGCAGUCAGUGAUCUACACAUUCCAUUAUGAGUGGUGACAAGAAAUCCAAACAUGUCAUCUAUAAGAAAACCUCCCGGGAUAAGGCGGUGAGCGUGUACCUGGGCAAAAGGGAUUAUGUUGAUCAUGUGGAAUCUGUGGACCCAGUAGAUGGAGUUGUUUUGGUGGAUCCUGACCUCCUCAAAGGAAAAAAAGUGUACGUCACUCUUACCUGUGCUUUCCGCUAUGGCCAAGAGGAUAUUGACGUUAUUGGCCUAACCUUCCGUAAAGACCUUUACUUUGCUCAGACUCAAAUUUACCCACCAGUAGAGGACCCCAAAGCCUUGACCAAAGUUCAGGAGAGGCUGAUGAAGAAAUUAGGGAACAAUGCAUUCCCAUUUGUGCUGGCGUUCCCUGACUACCUGCCAUGCUCAGUGUCUCUUCAGCCAGAUCCCACAGAUGUGAGCAAGGCCUGUGGUGUGGAUUUUGAAAUAAAGGCAUUUUCUACGAACAAUUUAGAAGACAGGAUUCACAAAAAGAACUCUGUCCGCCUUAUGAUCCGCAAAAUUCAGUAUGCACCUGAUCAAACAGGGCCUACACCUCGAGCGGAGACAUCUUGGCAGUUCUUUACGUCAGACAAACCUCUGCACCUGACAGCCUCUCUGCCUAAGGAGGUGUUUUAUCAUGGGGAGCCAAUCUCUGUGUCUGUCAGUGUGACCAACAACUCCGACAAAACAGUGAAGAAAAUAUCUGCUUCAGUGGAACAAGUAAGUAAUGUGGUCCUGUAUUCCAGCGACUAUUACGUCAAGACGGUGGCUUUGGAGGGGUCUGAGGACAAGGUGCCUUCAAAGGCGUCGUAUAAUCACACCUUUACCUUGCUGCCUCUGCUGGCAUACAAUCGGGAGAAGAGAGAAAUUGCACUAGAUGGGAAACUUAAACAUGAGGACACCAACCUGGCUUCCAGCACUCUGCUUAAGGAAGGCAUUGACCGCACCGUCAUGGGAAUCCUGGUGGACUACAAGAUCAAAGUGACCCUCACUGUUUCUGGGCUACUGGGAGACAUGACCUCAAGUGAGGUCUCUACGGAACUCCCAUUCAUUCUCAUGCAUCCAAACCCAGAGAGCGGAGCCAAAGAAAGUGAGCAGGACGAUGACAUGGUGUUUGAAGAAUUUGCACGUGAUCCACUUAAGGGUGAACUGCAAGCUGAAGAAAAAGAGGAAGAGGAGGACGAUGAGAAAUAAGACAUGAAAUUAGCCAGUAUCCAUACCCUGUAGUAAAGUCGAUAGCAAAGAGCAUUUAUUACAUUGAUCUAGUUCUUCUUAUGUCAUCCUUGUGCUAAAUUGUCCUUGACAUGAGCAUUAAUCAUGGGAAACUGACCCCUACUGUUCACUAUUUCUGAUUCUUUUGAAAUCAAAACUAACAUUUCUACAUAAAGAGCUUUCUUCAUUGUGGCUCUUUAUGUAAAAAAAAGUUUUGAUUUCAAAAGAAUCAGAAACAAGAGGGUCAACUGACAAGGGGUCAGUUUCCCAUGAUUAAUACAGAAGCAGGUAAUACCCAUGUUAACAAAAGUAGGUUCAAAAGUACCCAUUAAAAAAAUAUUGACAUCUCUGGGAUCAUUUCAUACAAUAUAAACAGAUUAGCCAAUGUCUGGAGUCAUCUCUUACAUGGUUCUCACUGAUUGGUUGGUUCUGUAGCGUAACAGUUCCAAAAGAGAGAAAAUGUAUAUUCAUUUAACAAAACAAGUCAUUCAUUAUCUGUGACCCGCUUUAGACUGUACGAUUCUCAUCAGUAUAAGCACGGACUGUCUGUAUUUAUUGCAUUCCUACUGUAACACACUAUUGAUGAAACCCAAAUAAACCAGCAGUGUGAUUGCAUUUAA